AUGAAGCAGCAAGGCGGGAACUUCAUCCAUCGAAUGAAUGUGCGGUCCUCGCAGCAGCCAAGACUCCACCCAAGACUUGUUGUAGUGGAGGUCAAUCGGUACGACGCAAAAGAAGUACAAAAGUUGCUCAGCAUGACGCCCGCGCCAAACACCUCCGUCUCGAUCGAAGUCAUGGAGGCCAUCCGUGGCAAGAAGCAGCUCUACUGCCAGGCCGUGGACACCAAAACCUGGGCCGAUUUUGAACGCAUCGCCCUGCCCGAUGCCACCAUGGUCUACAAGCACGCCGACGGCAGAAUCGUGACCAACGUGCUUGAGGGCCAAGACUCGAGCCAGCCGUACAAGUUCGACAGCCGCGACGAUGUGGUGGCCUUUUUCAAAACACUAUUGGGGCCGCUGCAGACAGUCCACCUAGUGGACAGCGGCUCGUUCGAGCGCAUCAGCGAUGACGAGGUCAGGGCCGUGUUUGUCAUGAUCGCCCAUUCCGGCCUCAGUACCGAGUCCAAGUAUGGCCACAGCAUCUCCGGUGGUCAGUACCAUGACGUAUACAAGAUGGUCAAUGGAGAGUGGUUCUUGAAGAGUCUGGAGUACGUGAUGUCGUAUCAGAGGCUUUAA